CAUCUCGGGACAUCUCUCAACCUGGGCAGAUUGUAACACAACCGUCUUAGUACAUAUCUCGUGACUGCUCAAUCUACUCAACAUCUGAUCACUGACGGACUCCUCCUCCAUAAAUCUGUCGUCAUCUAGGUAUUUUGGACCAUGCACAUCAAAGGAAAAGUUGCCAUAGUUACCGGCGGUGCAGGUGGGCUUGGACAAGCAAUAAUCAGAGCUUUGCUGGAGAAAGAAGCCAAGGUGUGUAUCUUUGACAUCCAUGCUGACAGAGGUGCUGAGAUAGAGUCUUCACUACAGAGUCAGUUUGGAGGAGACAAAGUGUCCUUCUCGCUGUGCGAUGUAACUGACGAACAAGGUUUUAAAGAGGCCUUCGAUGGUGUCGUGGCACGCCAUGGACAGGUGGAUGUCAUGAUCAAUAAUGCAGGUAUCCUCAGCAAGAAGAUAGACAUUGACAAGAUGCUGAUGGUUAACCUGGGUGGCACCAUAAGAGGUUCGAACCUCGCCAUCAAGCACAUGAGGAAGGAUGAAGUUGGGGAAGGUGGAGUGGUCGUCAACGUGUCCUCCAUUGCAGGUUUAGAGCCGAUCUUCACUGUCCCAGCUUAUACAGCAACGAAGACCGGGGUAGUUGGAUUCACAAGAUCCUGGGCAGCAAAUCCCUAUCUGAAAGAAAUGGGCUUGAGAUUCUGCUUGGUGUGCCCCACAGCAUUCACAUCGUUUAUAAUUCCUGAUCCAAUGACACAAGCGUUCUAUGGUGAGGACGCGAUGAAGUCUAUGGAAAAAAAUUGCCACGAAGGUCCAAAAGACAUAGCUGCUUCAGUUAUUGAUCUGCUGGAGGAGGAUGACAGUAACGGCACCAUAAUUCACACGCGUUCCAAAGGACAGAAUCGCAGAGUGAAGAUAGAGGUGACUGAUGAAUCAACUUAA